AUGGUCAUAAACGCCGAAGUGCACGCGGAGCUUUUCGAAAGUGGAGUCAGGCAUGCUGAAAUCUUGGCUCUAAAGAAUAAAAUAUGGGACCAACUAAGCAAAGAAGGCGUCUAUGAUUCAACGCAGUAUAGAAGCUUCGACAAGAAGAAGGAAUAUGUCGCAUGCACUGAUGGAAUCGCGGCAUAUGUGCCAGGCGAUCCAAAAUACACAUUCAGAUGCAGCAAUCUGGACCUGUACGAUUUUAAAACGCAUGCUGAGCUUGGCAGCUCUUCGGGUAGGGGAGCCGGGUCUUGGGGAUGGACCAGUCCAAAGGGGCGAGAGUUCAUUGCCAUUGCGCAGGAAGACGGCACAGCGUUUGCUGAAGUCACGAAGAAAGGCAAGCUCAUCUACUUAGGUAGGCUGCCGCAGUAUACCACUGCGCCCACAUCGCUGUGGCGAGAGAUCAAAGGUUACAAGAGCUAUAUUGUGAUUGGUAGCGAGGCGGUGCAGCACGGUGUCCAGAUUUUCAAUCUGGCGAAACUUGCUGACAUUGACCCGGCUCACCCUGUGGUCUUCAGCAACGAGGAAGACUUAGAUGGAUUCUGGAAUGAAGGCCUUCCCUUAGGCCGAUCUCACAACGUUGUCGUCAAUGAGGAGAAAAAUUAUGGGGUGGCAACAGGGUUUCAGCCACGCAAUGGAACACUACGCGCCGGCCUAGUGUUCUUUGACUUGACGGAUCCGACGAACCCAACGACACUAGGAGGCACAGGCGAGGAUGGCUAUGUGCAUGAUGCUCAGUGCAUUGUAUAUCGGGGCCCGGACUUGGAAUACUAUGGUCGCGAUAUCUGCUAUGGUUACGACGAGGACACUUUGACUAUUUUCGAUGUGUCAAACAAGAAGCAAAUCAAAAUCAUCUCAAAUACAUCGUAUGAAGGUGUCAGCUUCACUCACCAAGGCUGGGUACUCGACCCCAAGUGGCAGCAAUACCUCAUUUUAGAUGAUGAAUAUGAUGAGUAUGACAAGACGGGUCUUGCAGCAGAUGGAUAUCCCAUCUCGUACAUCUGGGAUAUCAGCUCGCUUGAAGCACCAAAGCAAACAGGCUACUACAGGGGAUUGAGAAAAGGCAUCGAUCAUAAUCAAUUUGUCAAAGACGGAUAUACGUACCAGAGUAACUACGCUCUAGGUAUCAGUAUCCUCGAUCUUAGGUCUGUGGCACGGGAUCCGACUGGUAAGGGAAUUAAGGAAGUGGCAUACUUUGACAUUCAUCCUGAGGACGACAACGUGGCUGGUGGUGGUAAUGUCACCUUCACGGGAACAUGGAGUCAUUAUCCGUUUUUCCCUAGUGGUACAACCGGUAUCCCUUUCUCUGAUAACAAUGCACAGUCCGUCCAGUAA